ACUCAUACCUCUCCUCCGACGCGUGAAGUUUUGAAGACGCGCGCCGGCUGAACCCCACGGCGAGAGCAGAGGAGCAAGGCGUCUGGGGACAACGCGCAGCUUGGUCUGGACGGUCAUCCUCGGUUCCAUGCAAUGGAAUGUUGCGAUGGGGCCAGUCAACCGUCCACCGACUGGGCGGAGGCGGCAGUAGCAGUCGCUUCUACACGAGGAGCGCGCUACUACACCGCACACAGCGCUCUGCACAGACGAAGACGAAGACGCAGACGAAGUUGACGCCGGCAUGCACCUCUAUCCCUCCGGCUGUCAUUAUUCCUCGGACCGCAGGCAGUACUACCCCUCUUCCUUCCCGAGACACACCUGCAGCGCACCGCUCAAGUGAAGCGGAUGCUGCGCAGGAGCGCUCGACGCCAGUACGAGGGGCUGCGAAGGCGCCGGCGCGCGAAGACACCAACCUGAUACCCCCCGGAAAGCUGGCACUCUAUAGACUGCGCCACUGGAUUUCCGACCCGCGUCACCGCGUUGCGUACACCCCAGAGCAACUCUACAACCUGUAUAAAGCCGUCAAGCACCGCGGACACCUCGCACAUCUAUCCCCUAGCCAUUUUAGCCUCUUGGCCCAUGUGUUCGGGAUGCAGACGGAUGCGAACACCGCGCUAACUUCCACGCGUCGAAUACCUGUGCUUAGGGGAUCGCAAAGCAAACCGCCAGGCGUGUACUGGGACGUCAUUCUCGAGAUCGUCAAGGACAUGGAAGAACAGGGCAAGGCGUUCAGCACAUCCGAUCUGCAUUGGGCAAUGCUCGCAUACCUCUCCUUGAUAACGAGCUCGACCAUAGAUCAUGUCCGCCACGAUGCCUUCAAGACUGCCUCGGCAUACUACGAUAGACUACGACGCGCUACCCCCGAUCCCAAGGCACACCUUCCUUACCUUCGCGCUAUAGCGACCAUCCAACGACCCUCGUCUCACCGCCAGUUAAUCGGUCGCGUCUCUUUCCUCCUCGAAACCUUUCAUACGCUUGACGACGCGCUUCUCGAUUUCAUAUGGCCCAUUGUCCUCUCCGAGCGGACGCAUUCCUCAGCUUCCGCCCAAUCUUGCAUCAUGAAAGCCCUCCGUACUCGCUUUCAGAAGAUUCGCCGCCUUCCAUCAACAGACCGCCCAGAAAGUAGGCGUAGUCAAUCGACGAACGACCUACAACCCAUUCGAUCGGCCAUCCUGCAAGUACUACAUAUCACCGAACCCACGCCCCUGCCUUCCGAGGCCGUCCGGUGGGCCCACCAAGUCGUUAGCCAGCUCUUCGACCAAGAUCUGGCAACCCGCUGGUACAUGCUCUGCCUCUUGGCCUAUAGCGUCGCCUUCGACGCGCAUUGUGGGUCGGCUCCCCUACCGCGGUAUACCGGCAAGGAAGACACCCUCGUCGUAAGCUGGCGCACCAUCUGCCUCCUGGACAUUCUCGCGCGGCAGGCCGACAUCGGCUUCCCAGCGGACGUCGACGUCGCGCGCUCGCUCAUCGCGUCCUGCUGGAUCGCCUGGGAGGCAUCCACCACCUACCCGAAAGCGGGUCACGAGCUUGUCGUCGCGCGCGCGAUCGUGGCGACGUUCCUCCGCCUCGCUGCGUGGACGAAGGACGCGAAGCUGGCCGCGCGCUGCGUCGCCUUUGCGAAGUCGAGGGCGCUCUUUCAUCUGCCGCACCUGGCUUCGGAGUCGGCGCGCGCGUCGGUUCGUGGGCUUGUGCAUGCGUUUUUGGAGGCGCGCGCGACGGCUUCGCACGCUGGGGGUUGGAGGGAUGUGCUGGCGCCGCUGGCUAAUGUUCCGGUAGAGGUGGCCUCGGACGCCGUUGGCGUGGUGAUCGAGAAGCUUCUCGCUGCUCGCGACCUCUCCGCCGCGCAUGCCCUCGUCAAUCACUGUGCAGCCAACAACAUCCCGUUGCCCCCAGAGGCUCUGUUCAUGCUUGGCGCAGCGUUGGCGCCCACUUCGCCGAAGGCGGCGAUCUCCCUUCUGCCGUCCCUACAGGACACGCCUCAGCAGACAACGCUCCUACUUGCGAUCUUGCGCGCGCUGCGACGGGGUCGGUGGGAUCGUCUCCCGCGCGACGCUGCGCGCCAGCUCUAUGCAGCAUUCCUGCAGUUGCCUAUUCCCUAUCCCGACGCCCUCCGGUACGACCUGCGCGGGUGCAUCGCGAUCCUGAUCUCCUCCAGUUGCGCGAAGGAGGGCAUGCAUCUCGUGGCACGCUUGGCCCAGUACGCACCGACGUGGAUCACGCUGCCGUUCUGUAGGCUUCUGGUCCGCUUGCUGGUUGCGAGGCGGGAGUUCAGGAUGGCGGCGGGUGUGGGAGGCUUCGCGGGGCAUGCGAGUCCGGCGGUGGGGCGCGCGCUGCGGCGGUAUGUUGUGGUCAGCCUCGAGCGCGCGUCUGCGACUCGGUUGGCGAUGCAAGUACGCGGGCGAGAUGAUGCGGACGAGGUUGAAGGCCCCCGUCAUGGUCCCGACACGGAGUUGCUACGCCUCCGUUCCGCGGGAGGUGGUAGCGACGAGUCGCGCCGGGUCAUCGCUACGCUCUUGGAAACUGGGCGCAUCAGCGCAGCUAGACGGGUGUACCGCCAGUCCCGCGACGUCCUCGACACGCACACCCGCACCCUGCUCGGCAACGCAAUCAUCGCUCGCGUGUUCUCCCGGCGUCGCGCUGUCUCGGAAUCCCGCGAAAUCGGCGCGCGUGUAAGUCAAAUCGAGGGACCUGCAAGCCAGCCUGGCGAGCACACGACCCAAGUCUCCGUCCGGCGCUCUGGAUGCGACCUCGUCCGGAACGUCGUGCGCGCGCGGGACACCCUGGUGCGCACCGCGGGCUUCGUCCCAGACGCGGUGACGACGAACUUGGUGCUGAAGGCGCUCUUGCGGUGGCGCGCGCUGGCCUCAGAGGACCUCGCGGCGUUGUACGAUCACGUCAUGCGCGGCGUUGUCGGGAGGGAGAAGCCUGUGUUCGGUGCCGACAAGGUCAUCCACGGUCGACGCGGAUCUGCGCGACGUGUUGAGAAUGAUGGCGGCGUCCUGCAAAGCAGUGUUGGAGGCGGAAGUCAAGUGCAGGAUAUCUUCGAGGUGCUAGAGCCCUUGCCCAGCGCGACGUCCUUCGCACGGCACGUCCGGCCGAUGUUGAAGAUGUUCAUCAAGGCGUUCUACCAGCGAGGGGACUGGGGUGCGGCGCGUGCGGCUUGGAGGGUGCUAAAGGCGGAGGAGGAAAAGGACAGGGCGCGACGUCGGGUUGUUGAGGUUGCGAGGGCGGCUGGGGUGCGGCGUGUUGCAAGGCUUCACGGAAGGUCGAAGGGUUCAAGCAUUAGGUAGCACGAGUGGCGUUAGCUGAGGGAAUGCCAGCGGAUGAAUCAGGCGUCAUGUUCCUUUUGAAGUUCAGCGCUCAUGCGACCAGCAAGUCGAUUGUCUCAGCUCGAUUUUGGUUUCUGAGAUCAGCUACCAUCAUUCGAGAACGAAAGCUCUAUUUCUCUGACUGUUGACUGGUACAAAUACAAAC